AAGAAAACCAAUAUUGCGUCGUUUGGAGGAUCGGCCCAUAAAUGCCAAGAAUUCAGAUGCAAAGCAUCCUGCUCCGCAGACAAAGAAGAGACGCAUAACCAUAUUAUGCAAUUUCGGUGGGAAUGAAAUCCCUUUAGGUUCGAGAUCGCUCCUGCAAGACGGGUGGUUAAUGCAAUGA